AUGACGCUAUCCACAGACAUUCUGAAUCAUGGUCAUGAAUCUCUUUCUGGCCAGUCCAUUCGUCCCUUGUAUACCUCAGCAUGUGUGAAUCGCCACUCUGGAUGUAUGUCCAUUCUCCCAAAUCGAACACAUCCUGACGAUUCCACAGCCCUACUCGCUUUCGGUUCCUCACAUGCAGUCUGUUUGGCCAAUGUAGUUCGUGCGCUACACGGAACAGAUGAUGAACAUGCUUUCCGUCAAUCUGUUCCCAUGUUCCACGUGUUCCAUGUGCUUCUUGGUCACGAUGCUCCCGUUAUUGCGGUUCGUUGGAUCCCGAUCCCGAACAUGGCGAGUGCUGAGUACGAGCAUUGCCCUUACCGUUUCCUUGCAUCAUUGGAUUCGAGUGGUAAGGUUUUGCUUUGGAGCUGCCAUGUGAUUAGUCUGGUUCCUGAUGCCGUUUCCCAGAACCAUUCCAAUUGGUUCAAGGUGCUCGAGUUGCAGUUACCCGAGGCGUGUAAUCCAAAUGCGAUUGAUGGUUGUAUUCUACCGAGUGGGACCAGCUUACAUCCAGAUCUGAUCCGAUUAAUGAUCAACGUGGUCGCGGAUACAGUGCUUUGUAGCUGGUAUAUCAAAAUAAAAAUCACAACGGAUGGUUUAUCAAACAUCUUCACAAGCGAUCCGCUGAUUGUUCAGCGGAAACAUACCAUGUGUCAUUGUGUCCGUUCAAUGUGUUGGCCUCUAUCCGCACACCAGUCACCUGCGCAUCAGAGCAGCUCCCUGUGUAUGGUGUUUGUUGGCUUGGAUAACGGAAACAUUGAGGUAUGGUCAGAACACGUGCCCGGUACUCCAUCAACGGUUGAACCAAGACAGUUAGUACAUUCAGCCACACUGUUCGGGCACACAGAUUGGGUUCGGUGCCUGGAUCUUUGUUUUCGCCUCACAGGUAGUACACCAGUGGCGUUUUUAGUCUCCGGUGCCCAAGAUCAUGUGAUCCGUUUAUGGCGUCUUUACUGCCCAGACGGUCAAUGCUCCCACUCCAAGGAGGAUCGAUCCACCUUAAAAGUUGCUGAGCUUCACCUACCCGACCAUGUAGAACUCAAGUUGUGCAUUGCUUCGGAAAGUGUUCUUUCCAGUCACGACAACUGGAUUACCGGAGUCGCCUGGGAGACUUCCACUGGAGAAUGUGUUUCUUUCCCUCCGGCCUUACUCUCUUGCAGCAUGGAUCGAUCCAUGAUUCUGUGGGCACCCCCUAGUCAGCCACAGACUGUUCAUUCGGGCGAUGAACCCAAUCUUUGGUUGGAACAAAUUCGUGUUGGUGAUAUUGGUGGAACCGGUCUCGGGUUUCUGGGGUGUGAUUGGCUCCCUGCCACGGUCAACGGUCGGGCUAUUAUUGGACACAAUUUUCUGGUAAUGCUCGUCUGCUAUUCUCCAUGCGUAUUGAUUUGA